AUGAGUGAUCACGUGGUGUUGGACGUUGACCGACUCAUAAGGCCGGCGUCGACGGUGGCUGUUGAGGAUUCUGAUAAGGCGAUCGUUAAGGAGGCCGAUGUUGGCCCUUCCUGCUCGAGGGCAAAUGAAGGAAGCGAGGGUGAUGUUUCAGGGGAGGAAGGGGAGGAGGAGCCGUUGAUUCAGGGGGGCGAGUGUCGCAUUUGCCAGGAGGAGGAUUCUGUCAGCAAUUUAGAGAAGCCUUGUGCUUGCAAUGGCAGCCUCAAGUAUGCUCAUAGGAAGUGCGUCCAGCACUGGUGCGAUGAGAAGGGUGAUAUCACUUGUGAGAUAUGUCAUCAGCCUUACCAACCUGGUUACACCGCUACCCCUCAUCCACCUCACCCCGAUGAUACUGCUAUUGAUAUUGGUGGUGGCUGGACAAUCUCUGGCACUCAACUGGAUUUGCGUGAUCCUCGCCUAUUGGCGAUUGCAGAGGCUGAGCGCCAUUUUCUAGAAGCUGAGUAUGAUGACUAUGCUGCUUCAAAUGCUAGCGGAGCUGCGUUUUGCCGUUCUGUUGCUCUUAUUUUGAUGGCCCUCCUGCUCUUGCGGCAUGCAUUGACGGUUACAGAUUCUGAUGGAGAAGAUGAUGUGUCUACAUUUUUUUCUCUUUUCUUGCUCCGGGCAGCUGGUUUUCUUCUGCCCUGUUACAUCAUGGCUUGGGCCAUCAGCAUCUUGCAGCGUCGUCGGCAAAGACAAGAGGCAGCAGCAUUGGCAGCAACGCAAGUUGCUUUUGUGCUACAAUCAGGGCAACAGAGGGGUAUGCAGUUUACCAUAGCUCCUGGACCUACUGUAACUCCUCCCCAGGAACCUGUUUAA